AUGUCUUCCAAUGGUCAGAACAACGAAAGCUUUUUCGGCGGUCUCGGCGAGGCUGUCGGAAAGACAGCCAGCGGCGCUGCAAACACAGUGGGGAAUACACUUAGUGGUCUAGGCGGCGCUACAGGGGGCGCAACUCAGGGUCUUGGACAAACCGUGGGCGGUGCUACUGAGGGACUUGGAAAUGCGGCUAAGGGCCUAGGUCAGUCUGUUAACAAGGCUGUUGGUACCUAUCCCGAAGCACAGCGCACAGGCGCGGGAGAAGGAAAAAAGACUGGGGAUCAGUGA